GGCAGCUGCAGCUCGGGUAGGGAAGGCGGCUGUCAGCGCCAUACGCCGACAAAGGGUGGCGAUGAGUCGGAAUGAGUCGAGGGGCGUGGUGGAGAUGUCGGCGUCGCUUCACCUGCAGAAGCGGUUGUAUAUGGUGGACUCCUUGCCCAUCCUUUGGAGAGUGGAGGGUCGUGUGGACACACGACGACCCAACACCCGCACCGAUACGACCUCUUCACCUGAAGGUAGACACACAUGCAGUCCCACACACCGGAAUACAGACAAUCAUACACGUGCCCCAUACGAGCUGACGAUAUAUCCAUCUCAUUUACUUGCCUUGGCCGUCGUCUUUGCGUUUCAGGAACGGCGACAUGACUGCCACUCGCCGCUUGGUGGUCUCCCGCAGAUGCUCCAGCCGCUCAGUGAGAGCCUCCAGACGCCGCUGGAAGCCAGCCAGCCUCUCCAGGGCAUCACUGAGCGCACUCGGAGCUCUCUCAGCAGCCGCGUCGCUCUCCUGUGCCACAUCCAUGACGACCAUUGAGCCAUCAUCAUCCCUCACAGGCGCGUCAAGGGCUAUCGGCUGCAUCGGCAGCUUGAACACAAACACCACUGAGGGGUCGUCUUCAUGCUGCUUCGGCACAUCCAGCUGAGGUGCCUCAGUUAUGGUCGGGGCGACGUGCUGGCUGCCCUUGCAGUGGUGCCAGCGUUGUCUGACGAGCUCGUUGAUGAAGAUCUCGACUGCAGGUGGAUGGAGGUCGAGAAAGGUGCGGCCGUCACUGUCACGAAGUAGAGCAUCAUGCCAGCGGCCUACAAUGCACCUAAAUGAUAUGACACGUCCACAGACCAAAACCAAUUGGAUGUUCAUCUGCUUUAGUGUUGCCUCUCUUACUUGUAGAAUAUUUCCGCGGCUAGCGUGCCCUUGAGCGAACGGAAGUACCUCCGCGGCACGACAAAGGCCUCCCCGCCAGCAUUGAUGUGCACACUCUCAUCUCCGCAAUCAGCCGCCUCGUCAAUCGCCCACCUCCCCCCUCUGCUUUGGAUCAGACCUCUGACCUCACUUUCCACUCCCUCUAUGGCCGCUCGGUAGCCAUCGAGCGCUCUCGAUGCUUCGUCAAAGAUCUCUCGCUCAGACAUGGUAUAUAGGGCAAACGAAAAGAGACGUCGAGGGAGGCUUUUGCAUUCCAGCACCCUGUGUGCCUUCCACGACGAGCGGUUUCAUGGAAUGUCCUAGGCGGCCUGAUGGCCAAGUCCCAUGUCUUUCACGCACAAUCAAACGAACGACACGCAAGAGGAAUCACCCACGCACGCUCCACAUGCAUUUGUGC